CCUCGCGGGGGAAGACCGGGCGUUGACUCGCUUGCCCAGCGCUUCAGGAUAGGACUCUGGGUAUUACUGGGAGCCACCGGUUAAUUUGGUGCCCACAUUUCAGGCUGAGUUUUGGUUGAUUGAAGAUCUGUGGGCAGUUGAGAACCAAGUUCUAAAUUCAAGCCUGUGAGUGAAUUGGAUUGAUGUUGCAGCAUUAGGGGCACUCGAAAUUUUAUUUUUAUAAAGUUUGAAAACGUUACUGAGAGCAGUACGGAUGAUGUUGAGUGUUUCAACAUUGAAAUGGGCAGAGUGCAGGAGUUUAUUUCACUUUGUAUCAGAUUGUACUAAUAGUAGUGGAAAGAAAGAUUGAGUGUUAUUGCGCUUAGUUGAGUCGCUCUUCAUUUUUUGAUUCGAAGCUUGAGGGAUAUAUCUGAGUUCUUUGUCUCAAGGAAACUUGGAAAUAAAAUGGAAAUGGAAGAAAUGAAUGUGCAGUGCAAUAGUGUGGUUGAUGGUAAUUUUGAAGAAGUCUGCCCAGAGAAGGUAAUUAGGUUUAAACCUCCCUUGUACAAACAACGAUACCAGUUUGUAAGAGAUUUAGUGGAUCAACAUGAACCUAAGAAGGUUGCAGACCUGGGAUGUGGUGAUACUGAGCUCCUAAGGCUGCUAAAAAUCUACCCAUGCAUCCAACUGCUUGUUGGAGUAGAUAUUGAUGAGGAAAAAUUACAGUCAAAUGGACAUCAUUUGUCUCCCUAUUUGGGGGAGUUUGUGAAACCCCGAGAUCUGGAUUUGACUGUUACCUUGUAUCACGGCUCUGUUGUGGAGAGAGACUCCCGUUUGCUUGGAUUUGACUUGAUAACAUGCAUUGAGUUAAUAGAACAUUUGGAUACAGAUCAUCUGGCCAGAUUUCCUGAAGUGGUGUUUGGGUACCUGUCUCCAGCCAUGAUUGUCAUCAGCACACCCAAUUCUGAAUUCAACCCCCUGUUUCCCAUAGUGACCCUAAGAGAUGUAGACCAUAAGUUUGAGUGGAACAGAAUGGAAUUUCAGACCUGGGCUUUACAAGUGGCAAAUCACUACAAUUACUCUGUGGAGUUUACAGGGGUAGGCAAACCGCCAGCUGGUGCUGAGCACGUUGGAUUCUGCACCCAGAUAGGCGUCUUCCGGAAAAACAGCAGAGAGGCAGCCGGGCUCUGUGUUUCAGAGCAGCACCAUCAGCAUGUUUAUAAAGCUGUUUACACCACCACCUACCCAAGUUUACAGCAGGAAAGAGUGCUCAAAUUUGAACUGGUGGGGGAAGUGUUGUUACAAGUGGAGCGCCUGCGACUGGGGUACCUGCGAAUGCUGCGGCAGCGGAAAAGGUCAGGCCGGUGGCCUCAGGACCCUCCUGUGGCCCCCAGUCUGCUGUUGGGGGAAGUCUUCACCGAAGCUGAGAAAGCCAGGAUAGAGAAUUCUCCCAAGCCCUUCUGCCAAGGGAACCGGUUUUUCAUACCCCUGCAGAGACUCCUCGCGUAUCCCAGACUGCACCGCUUGCCUGUGGAUGAAGAGCGGGUGCGCUCACUUCUCGCUGACUCAGUGUGUUUGAGUAGUGACGGUUCUGCGGUCACGGUUAACCUGCGUAAUUCGUGGGAUUGUGAACCUGAAGAUAACUGAGCCAUCGUAUUUCCCAAAGUUCAAAGUGGUAGUUGAACUGGCUCAGAAUUUAAGCUUUUUUUUUUUUGGUAUAGUCUUAUUCAACUGACAUUUAAGAAGUUUUAACACAAGCCAUUCCUGAACUGGUGGACUUAUGGUAUAGUACAGUUGCUUUUUACCUGAGAAAUGUGUUGGGGUUUAACUAAAAGCAGUGUGCUUUUUUCAGUUGGAAAUUUUCUUUGAUGUUUUCUCAAGAAUGAAGAAAUUGGAUAUGAUACUGUGUUAAUUUUGAGUGUACCCAUAUUUCGAUGUUUGAGCCAUGUGUUGAAUGAGAUUAAAAAAUGCAGAAGUA